CCGCGUGACAGUGAUGCCCUUGUGACUAUCGAACAAUCAGCUGCUCCAGGUUCUGCGGUGAUCAUUUCGGCUUGUAGAUUUUGCCUCAGAGAUCCUGAAGGUGAUGAAAAACUGGUACGCGGGACCUGCCUGGAAUGCAGGACGUUGAUACGUUCGUUUGUACAGCGGUCAACACGAUUAGACGAUUUAGCUUGCCUUCGGGACGCGUCAUGUCAUCUUGAACGCCCAGUAUCCUGGGUUCCAACCAAAGAUUUGUUGUCGAAGGUGCGCGCACGGCGUCUUCAACAGGAAUAUGGACCUCCUUCCGAAGAUUGGUGUGAUUCCUGCAAAGUUCACCAUUGUCUCAAACUUGGAGCUAGACUGGCA